AUGGAGUAUGAUACAUGCUCUAAUAAUCUUCUCAAUUUUGACUUUAUCUUGUUUGGGACAGGCAAAAGGAAGAACCGAAAACGCGAGGUGAAAACUGAUGAACUAGUCCACACUCUGAAGAAACCGUCCCAAACAAAACGAACAGGGAUAAGGAGGCUAGAAGGAAAAGACAAAAAGAAAGGAGCAAAGAUCGUUGAAGAAGCAAAGAAACAACAAGUGACUCUUUUAGUAGUUGGACAAGAGAAGAAACCUCCUGUAUGGAGGCUACUGAAGAGAUGGGCUUGGAAGAGACGCCGUGGACAUGCCGGUGUUCUCAAAUACUGUCUCGAAAACGCUUCUUGCAUGACCAUAGCUGUUAAACCAAAGAAGCGCAAGCAUGGUGGUUACUUAAUCACCACCAAACGCCACAAAAACUUCUGGCUUCUCGCUUAA